AUGUCGCAAGCAACAAGCCAACCUCCGCCAAUCCGAGCAUGUCUCUUCGAUAUGGAUGGUCUCUUGAUCGACUCGGAAGAUCUGUACACAGUAUGCACCAACGAGACACUACGAAAGUACGGCAAGCCCGAUCUGCCCUGGAGCAUCAAGGCCCAACUCCAAGGACGCCCUGGGCCUGAGGCUGGUCAGAUCUUCCACGACUGGGCCCAACUACCCAUCACUCGUGAAGACUUCCUCCAACAGACGUCGCUGCUGCAACAAAAGUACUUUCCAUCCACACAACCUCUCCCCGGCGUCCGCGACCUAUUACAGACACUCGAUGCGAAUCCCAACGUCCACAUUGCCCUUGCCACCUCCUCCAACAAGAACAACUUCGGCCUCAAGACCGCACACCUCGAAGACAUGUUCGGUGUUUUUGAGCAACAGCACCGCGUCCUCGGCGACGACCCAAGGAUCCCCGCUGGAAAGGGCAAGCCCGCACCAGACAUUUAUCUCCUCGCUCUCAAGACCAUCAACGAGCGUAUCCGCAAAGAGGGUAGAGAGAAGGAAAUUACACCUGCCGAAUGUCUGGUGUUUGAGGACAGCGUGCCUGGUGUAGAGUCAGGAAGAAGAGCCGGUAUGCAAGUCGUCUGGUGCCCGCACUCUGGCCUCUUGAAUGAGUACAAGGGAAGAGAAGACGACGUGUUGGCUGGCACCAGCAUCAUGAAGCAAUAUGGUGUCAGCAGUGGUGGCACUGAGGUGCCUGGAAAGGUCGGCGAUGGAUGGGCGAGACUGCACAUGACGCUCGAGGACUUUCCCUACAAGAGCUACGGCAUGGAAGCAUAG